AUGGUGAGAACUUCGACUAAAAUCAAGCGAUACUUAGCACCAUUUACAUUCACACUUCUCCAGCUUGUUGGAGAAUCGCUUAUUAUAUUCGAAAUUCAACAACAUCAUCAUUUUCAAGGUAAAUAUACAAAAGAAAUGGUUCUUAGUACUCUUUUCCCGAUUUGCAUCGAGUGGAUAUGCUUUGCUUUAGUGUAUUUCUUUGAUCCUGGAACUUUAGAGAAUUCACUUUUAUUAUCUCCAGACGAAGGCGGUCUAACGCCAGAUGAAGAGGCAAGUCUCAUGAAAUGCAGAAAAUGUCACUUACCUAUGCCACCAAGAUGUCAUCACUGCAAUCGCUGCGAACAAUGUUACGUCAGACACUCAUUUCAUCUUGGCAUAUUCGGAAUUUGUAUUGCAAUAAAGAAUUUACAACCAUUUAUUGUUCUCAUCAAAUGGUGUGAAAUAAAUAUGAUUGUAAACACAAUAAUAUCAUUUAUCAUAUUAUGCUCAAAUACAUGUCCAGUACUAUUCUCGAUCUUCAUUACGAUCAUUUACUUCUCAAUGAUAUUCUUAUUCCUUGCAUUUUGGAUAGAUCAAAUGGGCUACGUAAAAACCAAUUUAUCAUGGUCCGAAAAGAAGGCAGGAGUGCCAAAGCAAGCAUACAACCUAGGAAAAGAAAGAAAUAUUGCUCAAGUCUUUGGUUACGGAAUUCUCAGAUAUUACGUUCCAAUGCGUUCAACUAUGCAUGGAUUUGAGUGGCUCCCAGCUCCAUAA